AUGGAGAAUAAUUAUCCUUUCUUCAUCUUCUCCACUCUGCUAAUUAUAAUACUCAGUAGCACCAUUAACAGUAAAACGUCCUUAGCCACCACAACCGAUGAAAACGCACUUGUCCAUUUCAAAACUUCCAUCACCUCCGACCCUUACCGUAUCUUGGCCACAAACUGGUCGACUGACACUUCUUCUUCCUCCGUUUGUCAAUGGAUUGGUGUUUCGUGCGGCAUCAAACACAAUAACAGAGUCACGGGACUUAACAUUUCCGGUUUUGGCCUCAGAGGAACUCUGUCCCCACAUCUUGGGAACUUGACGUUUUUAAGAUACUUAGACAUCAGUUAUAAUAAUUUCACGGGGCCCAUACCUCGUGAGCUGUCUCGUCUGCGCCGCCUGAGGUCUAUGGAUAUGGGAUUCAACUCGUUUGCCGGACAAAUACCAACCUGGUUUGGGGAGUUAACUCAACUCGAGAUAAUGCGUCUGAACAACAACACGUUCACAGGGUCCAUACCUCAAGAGUUGUCCCUCUUGCAGCGCCUGAGGCUUAUAGAUAUGGAAGCCAAUUCAUUGACCGGACAAAUUCCGGUGUGGUUUGGCGCUUUACCUCAGCUUGAGCUACUGAACCUUAGAAACAACAAACUCAGGGGAAAAAUUCCGGAGGAGAUUGGCAAUUGUUCUUCCCUGCAAAUACUAUAUUUGUCGCAUAACCAGUUGACUGGCUCCAUUCCCAUUCCAUCAAAUAUAGGCAACUGCACAAAUCUUGAGGUCCUUUCGUUAUCCACCAACCGUUUCAAUGGGGGAAUCCCAAGCGAAAUUGCAAGGUUGAGCAUGCUUAGGAGGUUGUAUCUGUGGACUAACGAGUUUACAGGUACUUUACCAAAAGAGCUGAAUAAGUUGGCAUUCCUUGAGACGUUCUACGUGGCCUUCAAUCAAUUGUCUGGAUCAAUCCCACCAUGGAUCUUCAACAUAUCAACUUUGAAGAUUUUAAAUCUUUCACAGAAUCGUUUCAAUGGAAUUCUUCCCCUCUCUCCCGAGCUCUCUCUUACAAAUCUAAUAGAAUUGCAUUUGUCGAGCAAUGAACUCAAUGGGGAGAUUCCGAUUUCGAUCACCAAUGCUUCUAAUUUAUAUAGAUUGGAAUUGUCAAAUAACUCAUUCAUUGGCACCAUACCCAACUUGGGCAACUUAAGGCUCUUGCGUAAGCUUCGCAUUUGGCGUAAUUCUCUGAGUGGAUUAAGAUUUCUCUCUUCAUUAGCUAAUUGCCAGUUUUUGGAGGAGUUAGUGAUUUCGUUCAACCCACUUAACGGCGUCCUCCCUGAUUCCAUUGGGAAUUUAUCAAAAUCUCUUACAUUCUUUGGGGCACAUGGCUGCAACAUUAAUGGAGGUAUUCCUUCUACCAUCGGAAACCUGAUUGGUCUGCAACUUUUAGAUUUAGGAGAAAAUCAAAUCACAGGAGUUAUACCUCCAACAUUAGGGAAAUUAAAUCGACUUCAAAGAUUACUUCUUAAUGCCAAUCAACUGCAUGGGUUUAUCCCUCAAGAGAUUUGUGGGAUGAGUAAUAUAGGUGAAUUGUACCUGAAUGAAAAUAACCUCACAGGUCCCAUACCUGAAUGCUUCGGUGAGCUUAAAUCCCUACGAAAUGUCUACUUAGAUUCCAACAAGUUGAAUUCCAGCAUACCUCUCAACUUUUGGAACUUGAAGGACCUUUUGUUUCUCAACUUGUCCUCAAACCGUUUGAGUGGUCAACUUCCGUAUGAAAUUGCAGGUUUGAGACAACUAAAUCAACUAGAUUUGUCUUGCAAUCAAUUUUCCGGAGGCAUUCCAAGAUCAAUCGAUGGUUGUGAAUCAUUAACAUCUCUAAAUUUGUCGGAUAACAAAUUUGAAAGAUCCAUUCCUCCAUCACUGGGGAAUAUCAGAACCUUGAGGGAAUUGGAUUUAUCGAAUAAUGAUCUUUCGGGGCUGAUCCCAGAGUCCUUAGAGGGCCUCAAAUUCCUUCAAUACUUUAACGUGUCAUACAACAAAUUGGAAGGAAUGAUUCCAACAGGUGGCCCUUUUGUUAACAUUACUGCUCAAUCUUUUCUUCACAACUCUGCUCUUUGUGGAGAUCAAAGAUUUCAAGUGCCUCCAUGCAUUGGGAAUAAUCUCAAUAACUCUAGACUGAAGAAAGUUGGUCGGCUGAUGAAGUAUAUUGGGCCUUCAUUCAUUUCAGUGAUCGUAUUAACAGCCAUAAUACUAUUUGUGUUUGUGAGGACACGAAAACAAAAAAGCGGGACUGCUUCUGCUGAUGAUGUUUCGCUUGGUGUUACUUGGAGACGAAUCUCAUACAUAGAACUUGUUAGGGGAACUGAUGCCUUCAGCGAAACAAACUUACUUGGAAAAGGCAGCUUUGGUUCGGUUUUCAAAGGGGUGCUUUCUGAUGGACUAGAUGUUGCAGUGAAAGUCUUCAACUCGCAAUUAGAAAGAGUUAUCCGCAGUUUUGAUACGGAAUGUGAAAUACUUAGCAGCAUUCGACACAGAAACUUGGUCCAAAUAAUUGGUUGUUGUAGCAACACAGAAUUCAAAGCUUUGAUUCUCGGGUUCAUGCCAAAUGGCAGCCUCGAGAAAUGGUUGCACUUGGAAAACUGUGUCUUGGAUUUGAUAUCAAGGCUGCAAAUUGCAAUAGAUGUUGCAUUAGCCUUGGAAUACCUCCAUCAUGGCCAUACAUUCCCGGUCGUGCAUUGUGAUAUAAAGCCGAGUAAUGUAUUGCUUGAUGAGGAUAUGGUUGCCCACCUUUGUGAUUUUGGGAUCGCAAAGCUCUUUGAUGAUGGAGAGAAUAUUGUUCUUACGAAAACCUUGGGGACAAUUGGUUAUGCCGCACCAGAGUAUGGAUCAGGAGGCAGAGUGUCAACAAGUGCAGACGUUUAUAGCUAUGGCAUACUGUUGCUGGAAAUGUUCACGAGCAAGAAGCCGACUGAUGAUGUUUUCAAUGAAGAGAUGAGCAUGAAGGAGUGGGUACUUGAAGGUUUACGAGAAAAUGCAGUAGCUAAAAUCUUGGGCACUGAUUUGCUAGCAAGUGACGAUCAACAUUUUCAAGCAAGGGAAGAAUGUGUCUCUUCUAUCUUUGGUUUGGCAAUGAGAUGUUUGGCUGUUAUGCCCGACGAAAGGAUUAACAUGAUGGAAACAGCAGCUACACUGCAGAGGAUUAAAACGAAAUUUGUGGCUGACACUACAAGUCGUCAAUAA